ACCAUCCACCACGAUUGCAAUCAUUGAGAGAGGCGAAGAGGAUCCGCGCAAUACGAGUAGUUCUGACAGGAGCAUUCGGCGCCCGCGGACUCCGCCCAACUCCGCCCUUUCCUCUUCCAUUUCAAACUCGUCGACUUUACGUCCCAGUCUGUAUAAAUAUUGUAAUAUUCGAAUGCGGGCCACAGUUUACGGAGUCAAUCGCCUCUCUCCCUCUGUGUUGGAUAUUGUGGACCUCCUGUCACGUGGGGCUGCGAAAAGAGGGCGCUCACUCCUACGUGCCGUCGACACAACAGAGUUUGGAUCUCAAACAUCGUGCUAAUCCAUCGGGGACAGUUGUAACAUGGCGGGAAAGUUGUCCCGCGUAUGGGGCUUGGGAGGGGAUGGCUCUGGGGAGCCACCAUACUUCCUCCGAUUCCGGUCGUCCAAGGCCUUCAUUUGCUUCGUGGUGGUGUUUGCCAUAUUUACGGAUAUUCUGCUUUACGGCCUCAUCGUCCCAGUGACCCCCACCGCGCUUCACGAGCGAGUUGGUUUACCCAAAGAGGACGAACAAACAUGGGUGUCAAUCUUACUAGCGUUAUAUGGCGCGGCAUUGUUGGCUUUCUCGCCCGUGGCGGGAUACGUCGCGGAUCGGUUUGAAUCCCGAUGGUGGCCAUUGAUUGCGGGCUUGGCUGCCCUUGGAGCCUCAACCGCUCUGCUCUGCAUCGGCACACAUAUGGGACUCUGGAUCGUCGGUCGGCUCUUCCAAGGAGCCUCAGCGGCUGUGGUUUGGACUGUGGGAUGUGCCCUGUUAGUAGAUACAGUGGAAAAGGACGAACUCGGACAGGCCUUGGGGUACAUCGGUAUGGGGAUGACCAUGGGGCUCAUGGGGGGCCCGUUACUCGGCGGCGUCAUAUACGAGAAUGGCGGGUACUACGCGGUGUUUGGCCUUGCGUUUGGUAUAGUGGCACUGGACAUUGUCCUUCGGAUCGUCAUGAUUGAGAAAAAACACGCCGCCAAAUGGACUUGCAGGCCCUCGCACGAGGAGUGGCUGGAGAUGCGACCACCUUCGGCCGGAACAGAUACCGUCUCCCGUCUUUCACUGUCCAAGGCCCCGCGGGAGCACGUCUCCCGACCGUUCACCGCAGCCACGGCGAUGACCGCGGAUACCGUCAACUCUGUUGGCGCGCAAUCCGCAUUCUCCAAGCCGAUCCUCGGCGGCGAAUCCCACGCCGGGGACACACCAGCGGAACCAGAGCCUCGGAAGAAGCCCGUCUCCGCGAUAUACACGCUCUUGUCAUCGGAUCGCAUCCUCGUGUGCAUCUGGGCGUAUUUCAUUCUCUCAGUCGUGCUAACAUCCCUCGACAGCGUGCUACCGCUAUAUGUCAGCGAGACUUUCAACUGGGGCCAAACGGGACAAGGACUCAUCUUCAUCCCGGUGACCAUCCCCCACCUCGUCGAUCCCAUCGUGGGAUACAUCAACGACAAAUACGGCUGGCUCCGCCGCUACAUGGCCGCGGGGUUUCUCUUCGCGACGGUGCCCGUCAUCGUAUUAUUCCGGCUCGUCACGCACAACUCCACCGAGCAAAAGGUGCUGCUGUGCGCCUUGCUUGCCCUCCUCGGCCUCUGCAUAGCCGUCGUCUUCCCCCUCGUCAUGGUCGAAGUCUCCUACGUCGUCCAGGAGAAGGAGGAGCAAACGCCCGACGUCUUCGGGAAAGGCGGCGCCAUGGCCCUCGCCUACGGCAUCUUGAACUCCGCCUUUGCGGCAGGGACUAUCGUCGGCCCGUUCUUCGCCGGAUAUAUCCGCAAAGCGGCCGGGUGGGAUACCAUGGCAUGGGCGUUGUCGGUUCUGUCAGGAUCCACGGCCAUCCCGGUGCUGCUUUACAUGGGGGGGUUUGUGCUGAAACCGGCGAGGUCGGUUAAUUAGCAUGGGGAUUGGAUGUGCUGCGGGAGAAAAUCUGUUAUUGCAGCUAGGGGUUAUAGGAAACUAUACAUGCAUGGACAUUUGAUGUAUAUAAUCUUUGCAUACAAUAAGCUUGAAUCGUCUACCA